AUGUCGGUAAAAGUCAGCUUUGAAAUCGGUCACGUGGCCGCUCUAAAAAGCCGGCCAACAGCAGAAGGAUACACUCACGAUUGGGAGCUGUUUGUGCGCGGCGUAGAUGGCAGCGAUAUUGGUCAUUUCGUCGACAAAGUCGUCUUUAACCUACACGAAUCCUUCCCGAAACCGAAGCGAGUGUUCAAGGAACCUCCCUACUUGUUGAAAGAAGCCGGUUAUGCUGGAUUCAUCCUGCCCGUAGAGAUAUACUUCAAGAACCGGGACGAUCCAAAAAAGGCAGUAUUCAAUUAUGAUCUCGAUUUGACGCCGGUAAAAAAUCAACGUCAGGAGUAUGUCUUUCAUAAUCCCUCCGAUGAGUUUCGACGCAAACUACUGAAAGGCGGUGGUCUAAUCACAUCGAGCGGAUCAGGUAGCUCCGGCAACAACGCCGUUAACGAUUAUAAAAGCAACCGAGGUGGUGGUCAUGGAACGAGCAGUGGAGCAGAAAGGUCUCUAUCGUCCAGCGGCUCGUCACAGGAGAAGAAAUCGAAAUCGAAGUCUUCUACCUCAGUCGAUGAUACCAAGGGACAGUUUGCGGAAUUAUUUGGGUCGCCUUUUUCCCACAAAUCCAGUGGAAGUGGCGGCGGCAGUGGAACUAGUAAAGUAUCACCGGACCCCAAACAAACAUCUGGCAGUAAGACGUCUCCACUUGUAUCCGCAACCGGUAGCAGCAAGGCGCAAUCUGGACAAAAAUCGGCAUCAGAUUCAAGAGCUCUGUCGAACUCCUCCUCAUCGGCGACAAACUCUUCUUCCACCGUGUCCAAGGAGAAGGACAAAUCGUCCUCCUCGAAGCACAAACAUUCGAGCCCGAACAAGGAGAGCAAGAAAUCUUCCAACUCCACAUCUAUAGCAACAGCAAGCGGGAAUGGACCAACGGAGGAGAAGCACAGUAAAGAUAAAAAGGACAAAAGUCACGCAAAGGAACGUGACAAAAGUAGCAAGGACAAAGGUGCAACUAGUAAUAGCUCGGGGGCCGGGUCCCUGGCUGGAGGCGGCAGUUUACAAUUACUUUCUGGAUCUGUUGCUUCUUCUACUGCCGCUUCCACAAAGCGGCCUAUUUCGGCCAGUCCAAAACGCUCGAGCACAAGCAGCAAUAAUAGCAAUAAUAGUGGUAGCAUAAGCAAUAGCACUAGUAAUCCUACAGUUCCUAAUAGCAGUACUGGCCUACCAUCGGGACUAUCGGGGGCUGUCGGUACGCACUCCAUAAGUAAAGGCUCCGACAUCAAACGGAGUACUAGUGAGAAGGAGAAAAAGAGCAGCAAAAAAGAAAAGAAAAGUUACGAAAAGGAUAGGGAUCGAUCGGAUUCCUCCAACCAACGUAAGGGUGACCGAAACGUUGAGCAUCAACCACAGCAAAAGACACAAACGAACUCUUCCGGACAGUCAAUGCUCUCCUCAUCAGGGUCUUCGAAGGGCGGAGAUGGUGCCCCUACUUCUGCAAGUUCGAAAUCUUCGUCAGGGUUCACCUCUGGUAGCAAAACAAAUAAUACUAUUCCACCCUCCACGCUCGACGGAACCAAAGAUGGAGUAAACGCUAAAGCGUCUGCUUCGUCUAUAGCAGCAAGCUCGAACGUAAACUCUUCUGCAGCCAGUGGCGGUAACUCUCGGGACAAAAAGCAACAGUAUAAUUCUAGCGAAUCCAUAUCCACGAAAUCAGACCCUGCGGUGGCUUCGACUAAGGGAAUGGACAGAAAUGAGAAAGACCGGGAGAAAGACGAUGCCCGGAAACACAAACAUAAGAAGAAGGAUAAAUCGAAAGAAAAAGAAAAGGAUCGAUCUUCAGCUGGGAAAGAGAAAAAGGAUCGUAAAGACAAAGAGAAACCCGUCGGAGGCGAUGUUGGUCCCGGAAAGGGAGCUUACUCAACCCCAACACGCGAUCUUGGUGUGGAUGGUGCCGUGCAAUCGUCUAAGUCAAAAACUCACAGCACCAAUAGUGAUUCUUCUGGUAAACCGGCCGGUCCCGAUCGCGACAAGGCUCCGCCCAUGAUGACACAUCAACUGGCGACGGGAGCAAGGCAUGGUACACACCAGCAGCAGUCGCACCAAAAGUCGGUCACUCCAAUCGAGACUCUUCUCGGGCAGAUCAGCGGAGAGGAAAACUCGAACGAUACCGAUGGAGUAGCAGGCGGAGAUAAUAGCCGAGCGCCAUCAACCUUGCCGAACGAGAAGGAUUCCGAAGCGUCAAAUAGUAGCAUCGCAGAUUUACUACCAACCGUUGGCAACGUUUCCUCGUCGUCAUCCCAUCAGCAUAGACCGCCCUCAGCCACCAACUCGGGAGUCGCCAGCCGUGGGGCAGUAACGGAAACGAACGACAAAUAUCAUCAUCAUAAGAGCAAAAAGGACAAAACCGCUAAAGGACAGCUUGCUUCCACUCCACCGAUGGAGUCAAAGGACGUAUCGAAUGAGCCAGUUAAAAAACGAAAGCGAAAGAACAAAGACACCGAAUCGGAUAAGGUGAAAGAUACUACGAUAAGCCAAGGGGUCUCAGCGAACGAUUCUACAUUAUCGGGAUCAAAGGAUCGUCGCAGCCCCUCGCCACCCUCUCCGCCUACAUCGUCAAACAGCCUUAUGGAACCUCCAGCAAAGGUGCCGAAGAAAGACGAACACGCGCAUGUCUCUGCGGGCGGGGGAGUUAGCAAAGGAGUGGCCGACUCAAUAGACCAUACGAUAAAUAAUAAUAAUAACAACAACAAUUUCAAACAAUCGAGCACAGCGCCUGAAAAUAAUGGUAGUAGCUCGUACUUUGCUGCAGGAGCCAGUACAACAGGGCCCACUGUCGGAAAUGUUGGUAGUGCAACUAGUGGAACAGGGGUCUCGCUUACUGGCGACUACAUGUUGGAGCUGAAGGAUCUUCAACAAAAGAUCAUGACGCUUCAGGACAACACGGAGCUGCAGCGGGUCGUGGAGAUGAUUGCGGCUACGGGGUGUUACGAAAUUACGAGCGCCACCUUCGACUUCGAUCUGUGUGCACUAGAUCGUGUGACGGUGCAACGGUUGCAGGAAUUUUUCGCAACAUCCUGA